AUGGUUCGUGCCCAUCGAGCUCGUCCUCGUCCACUCAUAAUCCCGAAAGCUCGAACAGCUACAGAGAAAUAUAAUCAGGCAACGCAGAGACUUCUUCACGAUGCGCCGCAUCCCCUGCGCAACGCUCUUCGGGGCCGACCCCAGCCUCGACACCCGCCAUUGCUUCGAAACGUCUUGGCUGCUGCCCCCGCCGUGCUCGCAGGUCUGCGCGGCCUGAUCGCACUAUACAUCUUCACCUCCAUCAUCGUCAUCUGGGCCUGGUAUGGCACCCACGACGACCGGAGCGACAUAGGCCAGUCCUUCAGUUACUUCACCUGGCUGACCUACUGGGGCCUGGGCUUCUACCAUCUCUUCGCCGCCAUCCACACGGCCUGCUAUGCGCGGACGGGCCGCUCCGUUCUCUUCGACCGCUGGCCCCGGGCGUGUCGCGUGCUCCAUGGGCUGCUGUAUGCCACUAUCACGACCUUCCCCUUCCUUGUGACGAUUGUCUUCUGGGUAAUUCUGUUCAAUCCACCCUUCUACAAGGAGACCUUCCCCGGCUGGUCCAAUAUCUCCCAGCACGCCCUCAACUCCCUCUAUGCCCUGUUGGAGAUUAUCCUCCCGGCUACCGCUCCCCACCCCUGGAUGGCCCUUCCUGUCCUCAUCCUGCUGCUCCUGCUUUACUUGUGUGUCGCGUAUAUCACCGUCCACACGGAAGGGUUUUACACUUACUCGUUCCUGGACCCCGGCUCUCAUGGCCAGAAGAGCGGCCGGGUUGCCGGCUACUGCUUCGGCAUCUUGGCCGCAAUCUUGGUGCUCUUUGUGAUCUCCUGGUUGCUGAUCCGUCUGCGGGUCUACCUGACCGGAGGCAAGAUCAAGCGCGCGGCGCGGGAUCCGAUGCGUGACCACGGACCAGGCGGUAUCUCGGCAGGUAUGCAGGGUCCGUCGAUGGAAAUGAAGGUGUAA